AUGAACCCUCAGAAGGGAGGUGUCAGGGGAGGAUCAUACCCCAAAGCCCCACCAUGCACAGCCCCUCUGAAGCCUGUGCUGUGCUCCGUCCCAGGAGACCUCCAGCAGGAGGUGCUCUACUUGAAAAACAAGGUGUUCCCCCAGCUUAAUGCCCUUUGCCAGGCCAGAGGCACAUGCUUCACUCCUGUGGAUGUUCAAUGGGAUAAUGAUCAGGCCAACCGCAGGUCCUACGACCCUGCCAUCCAUAGGCCUCCCCUCUCCUCCCAGCAGCUGAAGGUCAGCCUGGACAUCAUCACACACUCCUCCUCCUUCAUCUGUCUCCUGGGCCAUAAAUAUGGGCCCUCCAAGCUAGAGGACUCCCCCCCGCUUCCAGACCCUGGCCCUGCACGAGAGGUCCUCUCUGGGCUGGAUCGGAACCUGUGUGUGGCUGCGGAGGGAGGCUAUCCCUGGAUCCUCACAGGAAAGAACCCGACGAGCUCGGUGACAGAGCUGCAAGUCACCCAGGCAGCCCUAAUGGGAGACCAAAGACGAUGUUUCUUCUACUUCAGGGACUACUCUGUCCUGGGGGAGAUGUACGAGGAGAAGGACGAGCGAGAUGAACACAGGAGGUCUUUGCUGAGUGCGUUCUCCGAGAAGAGAGAACAUGAGAGGUGCAGGGUCCGAGCCCUGAAGAACAGCAUCGUGGCCAGCCUCCAUCCGGUGAGGUUCUUCCAGACGCCGGAGGAGCUGGGGGUCCUGGUGAUGAGGGACUGGAAGGGCCCGAUAGAGCAGCUCUGUGGGGCCCUGCUGGAUCAGUCUCCGGCUUUAGGCCACCGGGACUCCUUUGAGAGGUAUUACCAGGAAGGAUUCAUCCAUUAUCUGUGUCACUGGUUUGUACCCUCCAGCCAGACUACGGCAGUGUUAGAGGCACUCAACACAUUCACUCACGGUCUCACCCGAGACACAUCUCAGAGUGACAGACUUCUACCAAGGAAGUCAGCACUCCAAACAACAACUCAUCCUAACAGCUGGGAUUCUGAGAGAUCCAUGGUCCUCCUCUGUGGUGAGAGGGGUUGUGGGAAGACUUCGCUGGUUGCGUGGUGGAUCCAGGAGCUCCGAAAGACCCACCCUGGGAUCCCGGUGAUCCCUUACUUUUGUGGAAUCAGCAACUCCAGUGUGGAUAUUGGAUCUGUGCUGAGGCAGUUCACUGUGGCUCUACACCAGGCCUGUUACGGUAAACAGAAGGGGAGCCAGCCUGAAUGGAAUGAAGGGUUGUCAGACCGGGUCAGGCCCAGACCUCUCCAUGUUGUGGUCCAGGCUUUCGUUGCUGCUGCUGCCCUGCGACCCUGCAUUCUGGUUCUGGAUGGACUCGACCGUCUGACUGGAACCCUGGGCCUGUCAAUGCAGGAGGUUAAAGAGUUGAGCUGGCUCCCAAGCCCUCUGCCCCCCCAGUGUAAGCUAGUCCUCACUACCACUUCCACAGACCUCACCUACAAGAGCCUGACCCUGCGCCCCGACGUCCACACCCUGACCUGCCCCGGCCUGUCUGACCCAGGGGCCCGCCGCCGCCUGCUCCUCCACCACCUCACCCUGCCCAGCCUAGCGCCCCCUGGCCCCCUGCUACAGGACCUCCUGAGGGGGAGGCUAGGCUGCCUACCCCUGUACCUGGCUCUGGUGGCUGGAGAGCUGCAGACCUGUGGUGUUCUGAGGGGAGCUCGGGAGGUGGAGGGGCUGAUGGAGGGCUAUACAGAAGUGGACUCAGUGGCCGAGCUGUGGGUGAGGGUGGUCCAGCGCUGGUCACGUGACUACGGGGAUGGGGUGUAUGAAGGAACACCGAGCAUGGCCGAACAGACUAAACCUCUUGUUCUAGUCUCUGAAACAGAGCUGAGAGGCUGGGUGUGGGACUCUCUCUGCCUGGUCCACCUCUCCCGCUCUGGCCUGACAGAGGGGCAGAUCUGGGCCUUGCUGGAGGUUCUGGGUCACAAGGUGCCAGAGCCUCUGGAGUGGGCCCGCUUUCGUUCAGCUACCAUGCUGUGGAUUCAGGAAAAACCCAGCGGGGCACUGAGUUUCACACACCAGUCACUGACCCAGGCCAUGGACCUCCUGCUGAUGAAGAUCCCCCCUAGGAGAGGCCCCGGGGGGUCGACCAGAACCAGGAGGGCCUACCAGCUCACCCUGGCCCAGUACUUCCAGGGGCAGAGCAGGGAGACAGGCAGCUGGGGGAAGGUGUUAGAAGAGGUCCCCUGGCUCCUGGAGCAACGUGAGGCCUGGGGACAGCUGCAUACCUUCCUCACAGACCCCGAGACUGUAGAACAACUGUCCUCAAGCUGGAGCCAGUGUCCUCAGCUGAGGAUAGACAUAGCCAGGUCCUGGACCAUCUUGACCCUCAAAGGUUACGACCCCUGCACUUCAUAUCAGAGACUGUUGGGAAAUGAAGUCCGCGGUCCUCCCUCUGGUUUAAUAGAUCUAUGGGGGCCCUCACCUGGGACGUGUACAGACGCGGUCUGGGUGUGUGAGUCACCAGUGAGGGCGAGAGUGGCGGUGUUUGUGUCUGAGCUGCUGCUCUGCCUGAGCAGGGAGCAGCAAGCAGAAUGUCUCCUGCUGCAGGCCCUGGACACUCUCACACAGGCUGGAGAGGAGGACACAGAGAGAGCGGGGCUGCUGUUGGACGUGCAGCACACCUUGGCUGAGCUGUGCGUGGCCACGGGCCGGGCCGGAAAGGCCGUGACACACUUUACCUCGGCUCUGAGGACCGCCCAGACCAUCGCCACCGGCUGCUCUCAGGAACCCGAGGGCCAGCUCGUCAGGAUAGGUCAGCUGCUCUGUACGCUCUGCCAGCUGAUGUUUGCUGAGGGUUGUGUGGAAGAGGCCUCCCGGAUUCUGAGUGACAUCAUCAGCCUAGGUCAUCACAUGGUUCACCCGUGCGCUAAGGCUACUGUUUCUAUGCUCCAGGCGUCGCACAGGAUAAGCCUGGAUCAUCGAAAUGCAUGUGAGGCUGAGAGCCUUCUCCAAGCAGCCCUGGAGAUCAGGAGGAGCUGGUAUGGUGGGGAGCACCCUCUAGUGGUGGAGGUGGAGGAACGCCUGGCAGAUGUCUGGGCAGCAAGCUACAACACAGGAUUGAAGCGGACCGAGGCGGUGCGGUUGUAUCGACACGCAGUGCGUGUGAGAGGCCAGGAAAUGAGGCCCCCUCGCCCCCUCGACGCACCACUUGGUCAGGCUAAGGGAUGCAGUCUGGCCCUCACCUUGAUCAAACUUGGCAGGAUGCUUGGGCAGAGCUCCAGUAAGACAGAGAGGAGUGAGGCCGAGGACCUGUUCCAGACAGCCCUGGAUCUGAGCCUCCGCUCUCUGGGCCAUGAACACACGCUCACCAAAGACAUACAACAGAUUUGGACCGGAGCGUUCAGGCAGACUGUGGCUUCCUGUGACCCCAUGUCCAGACCUCCGUCACACAGGAGGCUGAGUGGAAGCCGACCCUUCACAGCCAGCACAGUGUCCCACAGGGGCGCAUCACACACCCCUCUCGCCCCCUCCAGGACCAGAGCCCAGUCAGGCUGGAGUGUCACUCAAUCAAACCAAGACCCAGAAUCAGUAAAGAACCAGAAUCAGAGAGCAGGGUUGAGCCAACUGGCCCCCUGGUCAGCUGUCCAGACCACUGUAUUUGGCCCAAAGAGUGACAUCAGCAACCUAACACCCAGGCCCAAAACUGCACCAAGUUCUAGCUCACGUUCUGCUGACAGAACCAGGGUUCCACAGCGGGCAGGCUGGUGCCACCUGCCAGGGCGGUACCUACUGGAGGACCAGAUGGUGACUGCUCUUAGCACACAGAUUGGUCCUCCAGUAUUGAGGCACAGAUAUGCCCCAAUGCUCAGAAAGACAGAUUGUGGCCCUACCCCUCUGCGGGUCACGGAAGAUAAAAGACCAAAUCAGUUUAUUUUCGGAGGGAAGUUUAGUUUUUGAAUAUUUAUUGACAUAGUGAUGUGUAUACAUAACAAUUCUUAUUAAAUUCAUAUUUUUAUGUAUUAAUGAGUAGCUGGUUUUAUGAAAUUCAGUGAAUCACAUUCCACAAUUAGAAGUAUCACUUGACUCUUGUAGUUUUGAUGUUGGCCAGAAGAGGGCACCGUGAGCACCUGUGAGACAAGGUGAAGUGUGUCGUCUCAGAGGAUCUGAAUGAAAGGGUUGCUUGAGCAACAGCCUACUGUAUGUUUCAUUUGCUGUGACGUGAGGUGUGUUUCUGUUUAAGCCGGUUUGGAUCACCAUGUGGGGUAAUAUCGAGUUAAGGUCAUAUGUUCUUGGCUGUGUGUGUGUGUGUGUCUGUACUGUGCAUGGCUCUUGCACCACUUUCUCUUAUUGGAUACAUUAUUAUUUUUGUUUCAAUCAAGCUGACUCAUUGUGUCAUGGUUAGGGUAAACCAUUUGUGAUUGAAUUGAAAGAAAUAUGCCAUCAUGUAACCCCAGCACUGUAAAUCCUGUAUGGACAAAAAUUAUGUUUCUCCUUGUCUUCAUGUCAAACAGUAUAGUGGGACAGAAUAAGGAUCUACUGUGUCAUUUGUGC